AUGAGGCUGGCCGAUAAAGAGUGUGGCAAGAACGUGUGGCGCGCUUUUUUGGGCGCCGGCGCAAGGCAGCUGAAGCCGAAAGGGGCACACGGAACUCCGUCGCUCCGGCGACCCAUCCAUCCAGGAGUUCCUCCCUAUGACGACUACAACGACCCUCGGGCCCUCGGCACCACUAAGCCAUUCAAUCAGGAACAGGCUCGGUCAAGAGUGGAGUUUACCAACAUCAAAUGCACUUCCUGGGAUCCGGAGUUUGCCCACGUGGAGCAUUGCUAUCUAAAGUCGGUAAAUCGUACAUAUAAAUAUAUGUCCAUAAGAGUGAAUUUGUUACAAAAGCCCGUGUCCAGAAUUAAAGUCAACAUAGCCACAUUUAAGCGGUACAAUGGCUAUAAGCCGUCACUUUAUAACUUCACGGUUGAUGGCUGCAAAUUUCUUAAAAACCCUAAAUCAAAUCCAGUUGCGCAUUACGUUUACCGACUCUUUAAAGAUUUCUCCAAUUUGAAUUAUACCUGCCCUAUUAUGGACGAUCCUAUUGUAGAAAAGCUGCCAAUUAGUCACAUUAACAAGCAAGUAACUUCAGUACUGCCAGUUCCCUGUGGAGACUAUUUGUUUUCAUCGCAUUGGUAUUUCUACGAUAUCAAGCGUAUCACUAUAAAUGUAUAUUUGACAAUAUUUUGA